GCCGUCAUGCGAGAUAGAUCCGUCAAAGGUCCAGUAAAAGCACGAUUACAAGGUCCACACAGAACGAAUCCCUAAAAGGGUUACAGCUUUGUUAUUGGCAGUCUUAGGGGAUUUAAUAUUUACUAACGGUAGUUAUGCUGCUUGUUGGUAAUUUCUCACAGCGUCUGGCAUGGAAGGAACUAGCUUCCGUCAAAAGUUUGACGAGUAAAUGUAAGCAAUCCAGAGUUUAUACGUUUGUCAACAUUAUUGAACGAGAUUGUUAUUGGCAUGAACUCUAUUGAUGAUGGGUUUUGGAGUAUGGAUGAAACAUCACGACUCGUGUCUCAAGCCCUCGACCACAUUGGGUACGGGUCACAGAUGGUUCGUUUUAGAAGAGACUGUUGGCAGCAGUAUGCGCUGCUAGAGAAUGACAAGAAAUAUCACAGGGCUGGCAGGCAUUUGAUCCUGGCCGGAAGUAAGGCAGAGGGCGUGACCGCGUUCUAUGAGAAUGACAUUGAUCAUUUGUAUAUUUUGAAGGAUGUGAUGUGCGUGAAUGGUGAAGAAGGUUUAUCAUAUAAUGCGUCAACCGUAUUUCAAACCGAUACACACAAUGCACCGCCUGGUUAUACCAAACUUAAGCUUGUAAAAUUAUGCCGCGACAGAAAUACAGAUUUGAACAUGAUUAAAAGUGCUAUGUUUAAGGACGCAGACGACAAUACAUGUAUUUCAAGUACAUUUUAUAUGGCGGAACAACGGAAAGAGGUUCAGGGGAGACAAUCUAAGCUUGCUAGUCAGAAUACAGUAUCUUACGGUGAAGCCGCGGGACCUGCCCUCCCUUUAUCAACUAGCAGUUUAAAAGUUGACGUUGUCACGGGAAUCUGUUAUCUUAAACCGAAAGUGCUUCAAGCAUGGGCCAAACGCAAUCACACCAAUGGCUGGCCGUCUUCUGACGUCAUCAAGGAUAUAGCUACGCGGGACUGCCAAGUUGUGCCUAUAGGUUGCCGCGACACCGACACACAGUUUCAAGACUGGCGUAUGUGUUUUAUUGACUCAGAACUGCAGCUAAUACAAUGUCUGAAUACUUCACAGAUCAAACACUAUAUUAUUCUCAAACAAAUUACGAGAGACAUUUUAAAACUCGCGAGUGAAGAAAUCACGUCCUUUAUUGUUAAGAAUGUAUGCUUUUGGAUGGCCGAACUACUGCCGUCUACAAUAUUUAGAGAAGAAAAGUUAAUUGAAAUGUGCAUUUUCUCUCUGACAUUUUUAAAACAUUGUAUAUCUAGUUGGAAUAAUCUGCCAUAUUACAUGAUUCCAGAGAGAAACCUUCUGGCCGGAAAGAUUUCGCAUACCGACAGACGGCAGUUAUGUAGUCUAUUAGACGAGCUAAUAAUGGAGGGUCCUCGCCUUGUAAUGAGAUGCACUAAAAUCCGGCUGGCUAUGACGGCCAUGUACAACAUACCUGGGCAGCUUAGUGUCUACAGCAAGAAGAGAGAUGAACUAGAAUCUCUGAAAUUACAGCACGCGCUUGCCAACCUUGCUCGUGCCUAUGGUGAGGAUACUGAUGGCAUUUGUGACAACCUGAGAUUCAAGAUGGCAGAUAUUGUACUUCCGGAAUGGAAGUUCAUGAGACAUGUUGGCAGUGAUGUAAAGGAUAUUAUAAGCGACAGAGUUAAACAGUGGUUAUCUUAAGACAAUAGUCAGUUUUUGGCGAACGACAUAUAUCAUAAUUAUUCAACGUUUAAUGUGUUCUAUGUAUUUUGUUCAAAAAAUGAUUAUUCAUUUUUCUAACUCGUGAUGAAAAUUUUAAUAGUAUGUAAAUUUUAUUGUUUUACUUGUUGCAUAAUCUUAAAAUGAUUUAUGAUUUUAAUGUAAAUAAUUAUACAGAUAAAGUAUUCUUUCAAAAACACUUCUUUCAAAAUGACAUUGUUUUUCCAGA